AUGUUAGAUGUUAUUAGAACUAUGCCAACUAUGUCAUUUCCAUGUCGUCCUAUUCCAGCCUGCGCCCUGCGUUCUCGCUACUCUUGUGAAGAGCUCGUAGAUGACGAAUACGAUUACUACUCAAAUCCAACGUUCUCCGCAGUGAAUGUUUAUUCCAAAGAUAUAAAAUUAAAACAAAGUCACAAACUGUUCUUCAAAUUUCCAUCAAAUCGUGAAUUUCUUCGACAAUCCUGA